ACGAGUGCGUUUCAAAACGGCUCAUCUCCUAUUCUUCUUUACGUUGCAAGAGACCAGCAGUCACUCUCCUGUAAUAGUGUGGACCAGGACUAGUUUGUCGUUGCGUUGACUCUAUCCGCAUUCCCCGGACCGGAACUUGCUGCUGUUCUCUUGACAAGCCAGUCAACCCAUUUGUUUUGGCUACCAUUGUGGACGAAAAAGUACAGCCAAGUUCCCGAGACACGGUCGGCUGUUUGUCAAACUGCCCUAAUUGUCACCAACUCCCUGUUCGGAAUGUCUUCCUGAAGGAACACGUCAGAAGCAGAAGGCCACCAGCGGAUGACGGGAGCUCAACUACCCAGCUACACGAUGCAGCAUUUUCCGCCGUUGCGCUCACAACGUCCAAAGAUGCCUACUGUACAGGCAUUCGAUGGGACACAUCAACAGGUACCGACAGGGCUGCAAGCUGCAGGGACAAAUGUCGGUCCAGUACAGCACUUUAUUAUAACUCAGCCUAUUGCAAACCAACCCCAGCCUGUUGGUCAGCAGCACAGCCAUAUGAGACAACCUGUCAACACUGAUUUGUGCAGUAGUGGUUUUGUGUUUUCAUCCGCCUCAACUUCAAGUGCGUUUCAACCAUCAAAUCCACAACCAACCAUUGGUGUCCUGACAUCACCCGCACAACUUGUAUCAUGUCCAUACGUUCAGCAACCCAAUCACCACUUCCACGCCACUGCUACCAGUGGUAAUCAGACACUACCACCUUUGCUGCAGAGUAGUGCCCCAGCAAUGCAUGGCAGUAUGGCUAGCGGCUCUAACCAUCCUGCGGGAAUGCAAGCCUGUGGCUUUCAACUGACCGCCGCACUGAACCAUCUAGUACAAGGAACGGUGCACCAUCAAGGGAGCAACCCCUCUGCCCCUCCAUUGGCAUUGAACGGCGGACAUCAAGGACAUCAGUGCAAUUGGCGUGUGGAUGACAGUCCACACGUAUGUGGGUUGACUUUCUUUGAUGUCACCGAACUAGCUGAGCACAUAAGCAACGCUCAUCUCCUACUGAGCACUCAUGAACUUCCUAAACAGGAAGGCGGCAACGUCCACAUCUGCCACUGGGACCAGUGUAGUCGCGCCAAAGGAUUCAAAGCCAAAUACAAGCUUGUCAACCAUAUACGAGUUCAUACAGGUGAAAAACCCUUUGUCUGCGAUUUUCCAGCCUGUGCAACCAAAUGUUCACGUCCCGAAAACCUGAAGAUACAUAAACGGGUCCACACAGGGGAAAAACCGUUCCUCUGCACCUUCCCGGGAUGUCAGAGCAAAUUUUCAAACUCCUCGGAUCGGAAGAAGCACAUGAAUGUGCACACGAAGGACAAACCGUGCAAAUGCAAGGUACAAGGAUGUACGAAGCGGUAUACGCAUCCGAGCUCGCUUAGAAAGCACUCCAAGAGUCAUAACAAAAUUUUAAAAGCAAGAACACGGAAUGAAGGUGCAUAGAAACCACUGGCAGCAUCAGCAACAGCAAAACUCUCUCUCUCUCUCAUCCCCACUUAACAGCACUCUCCCUCAUCCCCGCAGAACUCUCUCCCAGCCCCGCAGCACUGUGACUCUCUCUCAUCCCCGCAGAACUCUCUCCCAUUCCCGCAGCACUCUCUCCCAUCCCCGCAGAACUCUCUCCCAUCCCCGCAGCACUGUGGCACUCUCUCCCAUCCCCGCAGAACUCUCUCCCAUCCCCGCAGCACUGUGGGACUCUCUCCCAUCCCCGGAGAAAUCUCCCAGCCCCGCAGCACUGUGGCACUCUCUCAUCCCCGCAGAACUCUCUCUCAACCCCACAGCAUUCUCUCUCAUCCCCGCAGCACUCUCUUCCAUCCCCGCAGCCGCUGCAUCACCAGCAAGAGCUGCAACAGCAUUUGCCACAGCAGCGGACAACUACUCAGCCACUUUAACACUAUUACCGUACUGGCAAUAUAUGUUGCCGCAGUGAGGCCAUGAAGCGUUACAUUGGCACAUGUUUGCCGCACGCAGGGUUACAUGCAAAGUCGCACUGGAGCCGUUACACAGGUUUCUAUAUUGCCGCAGUCCUUUUUUUGCUAUUGCCGCAUCACUUUUUUUGCUUUUGCCGCAUCAUUUUUUUGCUUUUGCCUCAUCAUUUUUUCUUUUCAUCCACAUUGAAGGCACAGAAAUUCAGUUGCUAUCCAACUGUUACAAACCCGACGGCAAAGGGCGACAACGAUAUCAAUAGAAGACUGUAUAUUUUAACUAUCAGAGUGAUCUGUUCACAAAAAGAUCAUCAAAAGGAAAGUGACAUAGGGGAAGAGCGCUUCCUCCAAAAACUACUGUCACUCACACAGUUAAUGAGUGUACAACAUAAUUACAAAGUGCAAACCGCAAUGAAAAGAUUGCCGCACCCCGCCGCGCCGGACGCGCGUUACGAACUCAACGAAAAUUUGUCGCACUAGCCUGGUCGCGCGUUAC